AUGAACAGAAACCAAAACAACCGCAUUGUACGAGUUCAGAGAAGAAGUAAGGAAGAACAAAAGAAGAGAGAGCGAGAAAGAAAACGAAACGAUAAAAGAAAGGAUCAGGAAAGACUAUUCCGGAAGAAUAUUACAUAUCUUGAGCCAGAUGAAUUGAGAAAGUCAUUCGGGGAGUUUGAUGAAGACGACGCUCUGACUAUAUUAGAAAGAAAACUGCCGCUGCAUCAGACAAUGGUCGAUUUGAUGUUCACACAAAAUUUAAAACCCAUUCAGCUGCAGAAUCUCCUGAAGGUCAUCCAGUUCCUGACGGAGAAUCUGGGAGUUGGAUUUCUCAACGUCAGAGACCGGGGCCAAGAUACUGUUCUACACAGAGCGGCAUAUAUGGAUGUCCCGGGACUUGUACCAUAUUUGGUGGAACACGGCGCAUCGUUGAUUGAGGAGAACCGCCGCGGAUUCACUCCGCUACAGGCUGCAGUUACUAAAAAACAAGAAGGAAACUUCAAAUACCUUUUGGAAAAAGGUUCCACUUUUUUCCCAGUUAUAAGCAAUGGAAUGCACGAAGAUGCGGCCUUCCAAAAAGCGGUCCUGAGAGUCCCGGCUCUAUCAGAUAUUGCUUACCGCAUUCAUGGGAAAAUGGAAAUGGCGGUGAACAGCACAUUCAACUCGCUCGUUAGAGUUGACCAGUUUGCCAACCGGGCGAGGCACUCCGCCGUAAUGACUGUCCCAUUGAAUUUCAAGGAAGCUGCGGAUACAAAAAUCAAAUUCCGACUGCAUUCAUCCCACGUUCAUAAAGACCACUGUGGGAUUGAACACGUUUUGGUCUUAUUCGGGAUGACCUAUCAAAGAGAAGCUUUCCAAGUCCGACGAGAAGCAGUUCCGUUCACUCGAAUUUCAAUGAACGGAAAAUGGCUCCUUGACUACUCCAUCAAGGACAGAACCACGUAUCCCGGAUUCUUCUUUUGCAUUCGACCAAAAGAAGUAAACGAAUUGUACAUCAGGAAGGAUGUAGGAGAGCUGGGCAGCGAUAUGAUUGCGAUGACGCUGUUUCAAUAUGAAGGUCAUCGGCGGUCCUGCAACCGCAAUGGAUGCUUCGUCGCUCAAAACAUGACGACACAACCGGGACGUCGGGAGGACUGGGAAGUCGGUUUCCAAGAGCCAGUUGUUGAAUGGGAUGCAGUGCAAGAAGGGUCUGCAGAUGAUAACCGUUCUUCUUUUUAA